AUGAGUGGAAAGUUUGGCCCUCAGCCCGUGUUGUGGGUGAAAAAGACGUCUAAUACAGCAUCUGUACCAUCGUCGCAGGAGAGUGGGUCAUCAUCCAGUGAUAAUAAUAAUGAAUCAAGUGUUACCUCACCGGUUCAUACGACAUCAAAUUCCGAAUCAUCAUCAAUCCAUACUACAUCUCCUCCGAUGAAUACAAAUGUACCAGCUGUGUCUUCACCACCAACCUCUCCAUCGUCAACAACAACAUUGAGUAAAAGUAAUAAGCCUUCUACUUCAUCAGCUGAGGUUAGCACAACAACAGGAUCAGGUAGUACUACAGCACAGCCACAGAAAAAACAAGGCAACAAGAAGGCACAACAUCCGAAAGCCUCAGCGACCAACAGUAAUACAGCAGCUGCUUCAAUAUCUCAAAGUCAUGUUAGCAAUAGCAAUGAGCAACAUUAUGGAAGUCUUGUCAAAAACAAAACAAAGACAAUCAUUCGGAAUAUUCCAUACAAUUUCACGGAAGAGGAUUUUAUUGGUAAAUGUGUGCCUCGAUCUUUUCUAGUGGAGAAGACAACGACUAGUGGUGAUAAUUCGAGCAUUUCGGGAACGAAAAUUAUUUAUGACCCAAAGAAAAUUAAUUGGAGCGAUUUUCAUUGUGGCUACAAAACUACCACACAAGUCUUUCCAAGCAUUGCUUAUUUAAACUUUGCAACUGUUAAUUUAUUACAUCAAUUUAGAAAUGAAUUUAUGGAAUUGACCAAAAAUUCAUCACAAAUUUCAACUCUUCAAUCGGUACCAUUGAACAAAGACGACGAGGAUGAAGAUGCCACGCCUUCACUACCAAAUACUAGCAGCUCUACAACCAAUUCUUCUAUUUGGAGAGAGACUACAAUGACUAUGGAAUAUUGUCCUCUUCAAAUGGUACCAAAACCAAAAAAGAAAGAUCCAAGAGAUGGCACGAUAUUCAAGGAUGAACACUAUUUGAAAUUUUUGGAACAGUUGAAGCAACCAAAAGAGCUUACUCUUCAACCGCUCAGUCUAGAUAACAGCUCAACUACCAGUGGACUAGGUCUUGAUGCAGGAGAUAGCCAUUCUGAAGGAAGCUCUUCAAGCAAAAAGUCGUCUACGAACGUUCCUUUGGCUCUGGGUGGCGUUGGAUCUUCAGCCUAUUACGACAAAAAGAGUGAUGAGCCCAUUAUCACGCCACUGUUAAAAGAGUUGCUUGAAAAAAAGAGCAAAAAGCAAGCAAACUCAGGACAGCGAGCCAAACGAGGAGGAAAAACUUCUCAGUACAAAAGAAAAUAUUAG